GCCACGUCCUCCCCCGACGCUCUGAGGUCACCGACCGGGCUGGCCGGCAGGGGGCGGAGGGACGGAGGGAAGAUGGCUGCCGAGGCCGGAUAUUGGCGCCGCCUCCCCCAGUCGCGGAGCCGGCGCAGAUGAGGCGGUUCGGCUGGGGCCAGCGGCGCUUCGCAACCCGAGCCGGGGAGACCCUGGCGGUGGGGCCUGGCCCUGCUCUAUGCCGGCGCCUCGGCUAGCGUGAGCGGUGGCGGUAACGCCUCUCUUCCCCACCCCGCGACCCCGCGCUUCCCCUGCGGCUUGGGGAGUCGGAGCGGGCGGCGCGGCCGGCAUGGAGGACGUUAACUCCAAUGUGAACGCGGACCAGGAGGUGCGGAAGCUGCAGGAGCUGGUGAAGAAGCUGGAGAAGCAGAACGAGCAGCUGAGGAGCCGCUCGGGAGCCGUGCAGGGCGCAGGCCUCCUCGGGCCGGGCAGCCCAGCUCGAGUCGGCGUGUCCACCCCUUCGUCGGGCGCGGCGUCCCCUCGGGGCUUCCCGCUGGGCCUGGGCGCCAAGGCCAGCGGCGGGGCGGGCUCCGGCCCGCGACGGACCAGCAGCGAGGAUCUGCGGGACGCCGCCUCCUUGCUGGCGGCCGGCGAGGGAGGCUUGCUGGACGAGGUAGAGCCGCUGCGGCCCGACGAGCUGGAGCGCUUGUCGGGCUGGGAGGAGGAAGAGGAGAGCUGGUUGUACUCAUCACCAAAGAAAAAACUCACACCAAUGCAGAAAUCUGUUAGUCCAUUAGUUUGGUGCAGGCAAGUUUUGGAUUACCCAAGUCCUGAUGUGGAGUGUGCUAAAAAGUCCCUUAUCCACAAACUUGAUCAAACUAUGUCAGCUCUCAAGAGGCAAAAUUUAUACAAUAAUCCUUUCAACUCUGUGAGUUACUCAAGUCCUUAUAGUCCAAAUGCCAGUAGCCCUUACAGCAGUGGCUUCAACUCUCCAUCCUCAACACCAGUGCGACCUCCCAUAGUCAAGCAGCUUAUACUUCCUGGAAAUUCAGGUAACUUCAAAAGUUCAUCAGAUAGAAACCCUCCACUCAGCCCCCAGUCCUCUGUAGAUAGUGAGCUAAGUGCUUCAGAAUUAGAUGAAGAUUCAAUUGGAUCCAACUAUAAGCUAAAUGAUGUAACUGAUGUGCAGAUUCUAGCCCGGAUGCAGGAAGAAAGUCUCCGGCAAGAAUAUGCAGCCACCACCUCUCGACGCAGUUCUGGUUCAUCUUGUAAUUCUACAAGGCGGGGCACUUUUAGUGAUCAGGAGCUGGAUGCCCAGAGCUUGGAUGAUGAAGAUGAUAGUAUGCAUCAUGCAGUAUACCCUGCCGUUAAUAGGUUUUCUCCAUCCCCACGGAAUUCACCCCGACCAUCUCCUAAGCAGUCGCCUCGUAAUUCACCUCGUUCGCGGUCUCCUGCCCGGGGAAUAGAAUACAGUAGAGCAUCCCCACAGCCUAUGAUUAGCCGCUUGCAGCAGCCUCGCCUUUCCCUCCAAGGCCAUCCCACAGAUUUACAAACGAGCAAUGUUAAAAAUGAAGAAAAACUUAGACGCAGUCUUCCAAACCUAUCCCGAACAUCGAACACACAGGUUGACUCUGUGAAAAGCAGUAGAAGUGACUCCAAUUUUCAAGUGCCAAAUGGAGGAAUACCUCGAAUGCAGCCCCAGGCUUCAGCCACUUCUCAAAGGCUGAAAAGUUUGCCUCGUACUUCCCUCAAAGCCAAACAGUUGCUUCCAACUUCAUCUACAAAAAGAGUACCUUCUCCAGGCAAGUUCCGCUCCCCAGCAGCACCAUCUCCAUUGGCUCUUCGGCAACCAGUGAAAGCGUUUAGUAACCAUGGCUCUGGUUCUGGGAGCCAAGAAACCACCCAGUUCACGCAAAUCACCUCCUCACCUGGGCCUCCUGUGGUGCAGAACUCAGCCCCAGCAAACCCUUCCAGCAAUAUCAACAGUGCCACUCUAACCAGACCUGCAGGGACAACUGCAAUGAGGAGUGGCCUGCCCCGGCCUAGCGCCCCUUCUGCGGGGGGCAUCCCAGUGCCUCGCAGCAAGCUUGUACAGCCUGUUCGAAGAUCAUUGCCAGCUCCUAAAACUUAUGGUAGCAUGAAAGAUGACAGUUGGAAAGACGGCUGUUACUGACCAGCAGAGACGAGGACACAGAUGUCCACAGCUUCGUGGACACCGUCACCAAGCUGAAACCAACUUUUAUAUGCAGACUCUUCAGAUGAGACUCUUGGGGUUUGCAAACUCCCAGCCUCUCUGUCUUAAUAGCACAACUGACGGAGACGAGGAAGCAGCACUUUAAAGCCACGUGACAUCGGAUGUGUUUGGUAAUCAUGCAGUCACUCUCCACAGGCUCCUUAGCUUGUUCACUAGAAACACGGUUCAUUUUCUUAUUUGACAGAGGCCAAUAUCUGGGCAAAUACCUACUGGAUGCCAAAGAGAAAUGCCCAUUUGUAAAGAGAGUACCUGUGUACAUGGGAAGAUGGUGAACCUAGGCUAUCCAAAACCUCACGUUCAACCUACUUUACUGUACAAAUAGUAUCAAUAAAUAUUGUGUUAACAAGAACUAAUAUUCUGACUAAUUAAAUUGUUUUAUUAGUCCUUCAGGAUACAGUAAAUUAUAAAGAUUGGGAGAGAGGAAGGAAGGGCCUGAGCUAAAGAUUCAAACAUGCUUCUACCUGUGUUUAGGGAAGUUUUAUACAGUACUUUUGCAGGCUCAUUGGGGAAAGUAUCUUAUGUUUUAAACAUAGCUCACACCUAGCCACGUCCAGCUGGUGUCACAGGGCACGCCCAUGCCUUGCAUCACCAUCUCAGACUUGUGUGUACUUGUUUUUGAUUGCCAGAAGGGCUCACUGUCAAUUACAGUCUUUCUAACUGUCUAGUUCCUGGCUCAGGAAAGACAGCCUUUGCUGUUGAAGUCACCUUACUCACAUGCUGUUUCUGUCACACAACUGAAAGAUCUCGUUUCCAUUCCCAGGUUUCUAUGAUGUGAUGUGUCUUUGUUCUUGACAAAAUAACACCUCAGCACUUACAACCUGGAGUAAAACCAUAUCACAGGAGGAGGGAAAUCUAUGCACUUAACUAUAAAACUCUCUGGUGAUGACAGUUGUAUUGUUGCUCGUGAGCGGCAGAACGGUCUAUUAUGUGGGAGUCGAUCCACUUUAAAAUGAAUUACUGUAUGAAGUAUCUUUUUAAAAUACUGUCCCUCUUAGAUUCUGCCUUACAUCAACGUCUUCAUCGUUUGGUAACAAAUCAUCCAACUCUACUUUGCUGAAUACUUGCUUUCUAAUGGCGUAUGUGUGUAUAUACCCCUUGAAAUCAGCUGUUUUGUUUUUAUCGGAUUAUUAGCAAACUAUAACUCUAGCUGACUUCUCAUUUUUUAUAAUGAGGUCUUUUUUAAAUACUUAAUCUGGACAGUUUUAAAUAUUGGCAGUUGGGUCACAUAAAGGUGGGGCGGAUUUGAACUCAUUUAUUGUAAGUAGAGGUGUUCUGUAAGGUGCAAGUAGAAAUGCAGAGAGAAAGGGAAGGAAAGUUUCCCGCUCAGGAAAGCAUCGAGUUGAUAACAGAGACCCAGUCUGCCACUGCUGACGCUGGACCAGCAGCAGGGAGACAUAGAGCUCGCUAGCACAAGCAGCGCCAGUGCCGGAACUAGAGUGUAGAAUGGAAGACAUUGUGUCCUUGCGUUUGAAGGGAUGAGAGGGAAAGGAGGGGGUCAUGGUUAUCCAUAAUGAUGAACUAAAAAAACUGUUGUUUUUCCAAGAAAGAUGGAACAUAUGCUUUGGCGCGGUGUGUCUCAUAAAUGACAAAGAAGUAACCAACCGCGGUCUCUGUAGAGUCACGUGCACACAGCAAGCAGGUCUCUGUUCAGUGUAACAGUUGAAAAGAAAUAAUAAAUGCUGCAAUCUAAUAAUUUAAAAGAACUUUAAUGAACCAUCUAUUACAUUUUUUAAGUUAGAUAAUCAGUUUCAAAAGGAAUAUUCAGGUUAUUUAACAUUGUUUUUAAAUGGCUGUAUCAGAAAAAAAUAUCUAUUUUUUUUUAAUUAAACUAUUUCAUCACUUGUUUAAAAAUGUCUUUUGGAUCUGAGUUUGGUGAUAUUAUUUCAGCUGCUGCUGUACUACCACAGGUUAUUGGCUUUUAGUUUCCUAAAGAGAAAAAUUGCCUUCUUACUAGAAAGCCUUUGUGUGUUGCUGGUUUUUCUGUUUGGGAAAAAUCUAAGGAUUUACUGUGGUUGGUAGUACAGAAGAAAUGUGGAUUUGAUGAACUAGUGCCUAUGAUUUUAACUUAUGUUUGAUAUAUAGUAGUAGGGUUAUAAAUGUUGAUUAUUUUGUGCCAACAGCCCAGAAUUGUCACUUGUGUGUCAGCAGGAGCUAUGACCUCUGCUUCCAAAGUUAUUUAAUUUUCUCAGUGUUUGGAUGUUAUUUUUUGUAAGUGUGUUAAUAAAAGUGUAAAGAAUUGGAAAAAUAUAAAUAUUCUUAACUCAAGCAUUUGCUGAAUCAUUUUUCUACAAAACUUGUUUGUAUAAAACUCUCUGAAGAGUUGACUUUUCUCAGUUUUCAUACCCUGGAAAUCACAUUUUGUAAAGCUGGGGACCAUUCGUAAUUGUCGGGUACUUUUUUAAAUUAUCUCAGAACAUCACUUUUAUAUAUAGAUAUAAAAAAUUUUUUUGAAAGCAAAGAAAAUUAAAUACAUAUGUGGCCCCAGAUGUUUGUAUAACUCUAGGAUGAUCUAGACUAUGUAUGUUCAAAUUGACAUAAUUCACUGUACAGGUGUCCAGUUUUGACAGUAUGAUGCAUGGUCCUUUUAGAUCACAUGAAGUUUGAUUUGCAAACAUUUCUAUAGCUGAACUUGUAAUAUGUGGUUGCCUCCUUAAUAAACAGCCUGACCAUAAUGUUUAUUAUUAAA